GGACGAUUUUGAUUCUGGAGCAUUCAACGUAGAAGAGUGUAACGAAUAUCUUUGAUGCAGUGAUUUACGUGGACGUAUUUCACGGAUGUACUAAUCAUGUUUCGUCGCAGGGGCGAUAUAUUUUCGUGUUACCUAUUAGUUGGUUUGUUAUCUUUCGUUCAGUCGGGUCCAUGCAGUUUCAGUUUUGACGAGAACGCGUGUAAAUACAAUAUGGUUUGCCAUGGUAAAUUUAGCGGGUAUAGCUGGGAUUACUUCUCGGUAAAUUAUUUUUUAGAUAAUUAUAACUACAAUAGCAAUUCACCUACUAAAUGUGUUAACCAGACGGCAGCUUCUAUUUAUUCAAUCGAAAACGUUUUCCCAAUUACAUUAAAUUUUCGGGAUAUUGAUUUCAGUAGCAAUGAUCAGUCCGAUCAGUUUACAGUACCCGGAUAUUCUGGACUCACAGAAAAUCUCAUUGAGUCUUUGAACAUCAGCAGUAACGACAUCAGGUUUACGCCGAUACUAACUCCUAUGGAAAAAUUGGUGUCGUUGAAUAUGUCAAAUAACUUUUUGUCAAUUGCGCAACUUUCAAAUGUUCACGAGCUACCUUCGCUUGCCGAUAUCGAUUUAUCCGUUAAUAACAUAUUGGAAAUUCAAACAAUUGAAGGCCAAUAUCCGUACACAAGUUUGAGACAUUUAAAUUUGUCUUACAAUUAUCUCGUCGGUCUUCCGGAUAUGAUAUUUGACGAUUUCCGUUUACUGGAAUCAAUUGACCUAUCGCAUAAUUCGAUUGAAGUUUUGUCAAGCAACACGUUCGAAGGUACCAGGAAAUUGUUAACGCUUAAUCUAGCUUUCAACAGAAUAUCCGACAUAAACACGUCAUUAUUCAGAUUCGUCAAUCUAAAAGAGCUCCAUCUUCAAAAUAACAGACUUGUAGAAUUGAAAGCGAAUGAAUUCGAAAAUCUCAUAAGCUUACAAUAUGUAGAUUUGAGUUUCAAUUCCAUAGCUGUAGUCGAGAAGAACGUUUUUUGGAAUCUAUUAAACAUAUCGCAGAUAGAUCUGAGUAAUAAUAAAAUACAAGUUAUCGAUGACGAACUAUUCAAGAAUACAACAACACUCAAAACGAUAAAUUUUUCGAAUAACAACAUUAAACGCCUUCCGACAGAUUUGUUUAAGGGCAACGAUAUCGCGAGAUUCGAAAUUCAAAUGAAUAAUUUGGAGGGUUCACUGAAAAAAGGCACUUUCAAUGGACUGAAAUCAGUACUGCACGUACGAUUGGAUCACAUGCACAUCAGAACGAUUGAAAACUUUGCAUUUUUUGGAUUAGAUAACGCUAUUAUAUUAUUGUUGAACGACAAUGAAAUAGAAAAUUUAUCAGUGAAUAGUUUCAAGACUUUACGGAAUCUAGCUCAUCUGGAUUUAUCUAAUAAUAAAAUAAAACACAUUCAAUUCGAAACAGAUGAUCUUUUGAGUCUACAUGAAUUAUUGUUGAGAAACAACUUUUUGAGUUACAUAAAUAGUGACAGUUUUCAAGGCUUGAAUUCACUUUUGUAUUUAGAUUUAUCGAACAACAACAUUUCUCGGCUUUACUCGAAUUCGUUUGCGUCAUUGAAAUCGUUGGUAAAUUUUGAAAUAGGGAAUAACCCACUGGUCGGAGCCUUGGAGGAACGUAGCUUCGACGGACUCAGCUCUCUGCCAACGCUUGAUAUAUCCGGGACCCUAUUGACUGUUAUUCAAAAUAAUUCUUUUGAAGGAAUGAUAAAAUUGAAAAAUGUCAAUAUGUCUCAUAGUAACAUCGAAAGAUUGCAAUACAACGCUUUCGCUCACACUGGAGAUAUGGAUACCCUUGAUGUAUCUUACAAUAUGCUAAUAGAGUUCAACUUGAAUAACACCCAGAUUUCAAGCUUGACAAAAUUGUUACUAAAUAACAAUUUUAUUAAAACUAUAUCCGACAGAACCUUACUUGGACUAACGAGUUUGAAAGAAAUCAUUCUUACACAUAACAAAAUUGAACAUUUUUCAGUUAACAGUCUGUUAGACCAAAUAGAUCUGAAUUUUUUGGACAUUUCGUUUAAUGAUAAACUGGCCUUUAAUGCGAAUAUUGUGAAAUCAUCCAUGUAUUUAAACAAACUGAUUAUCUCGGGUUUGGAACCUAAUAUAUCAUUAAUUGGCCUCGGAAACUCGUCUGUAGCUAUUCUAGAUAUUUCUUGUUCCAAAAUAACAAACGUUCAGAAGUUGCAUUUAAACGAACUGAAGAGGCUAGAUGAUUUGAAAUUGUACAAAAAUAAUAUAAUUAAAUUGGAAGUCGGAGCGUUUUCGGAUUUGAAAUCUAUGAGAUUUCUCGAUUUGAGCUACAACAAAAUUUCUUAUAUCCAACCUGGGGUAUUCAAGGAUAACAUCCUACUGCAUUCCCUUAACAUCUCACACAAUUUACUGACGCAGAUUCAAUUCGGCAUUUUCAGUGGCCUCGUUUAUUUGAGUUCUUUAGAUAUAUCGUACAACGAUUUGGACGAUCUGAAGGGUGAAAGAUUUUACCAAUUGCAGAGUUUAACCACACUGAUAGCUGAUAAUAACAGGAUAAGUACAAUAAGUGCUGAAGAUUUCAUGGGUACAAAUUUAAAGAAGCUGAGCAUUGGCGGGAAUCCAUUGCCUUGUGAAAUUAUCGUAAAAUUCAAACAGAAUGAUGUUCCUUUUGAACUGACUUCGUUGAGAAUAGAUGAACACAGUGCUGAAAAUUUCGAAGGCAUCGUAUGUAAUGUCAAUAGACGUAAGGAAGUUAUAGGUGCCACGGAUAGGAGGACUAUUUACGGAGAGGAAAAUAAAAUGCUAAUGAAAAUCAGAGAUAUUUUAUUAAAAUUUACAGAAAAUUUACCCUUGAAUAACCGAAAUGAUAAUAUUUCUGUCACAGUUAAAAAUGAUUUAAGUCAAAUUAAAAACAUUACGAGCAAAUUAGAAAAAACUUUAACUGAUGACAACGUAAAGUUAUAUAACGCUACAAAUACAAUUGCUGAUGAAAACAGAAAAACUAACGACUUGUUAGAGAAAAUGUUGAGAAUUUUAUCUUAUCGACCUAAAAUAAUAACAACUAAUCCAACGAUUGUAAAAGGCAAUGCCACUUAUGAAAAUCUAUUGUCCUAUGUGAACGAAAUCAAGCAAAACAUUGAAGAUCGUUUGAAAGAAAGACAGAAUGUUUUAAAUGAUCUUCAAAACGAUAUUGCACAGUUACAUUCUCGAAUUGAAAUCUUAGCUAUGACAGAAGAGCCGAGACACGAGAGACUAUCAAAGGCCCAGGAUAGCUCACCAGCAACAAACUCAGGUUCAAUGUUCACUGAAGUAUGUGUCGCGUUUAUACUAAUCAUAUUGUUGUGUUUCAUUUUAUAUAAAUUAUACAAAAAAAAAUCAAUUUUCAAAAGACGUCUAUCUAUUAGCACUCGCGUACUGCCGGGAAACAUGGAGAAUUCCGAUUUGUAAAAACAGUUUUUAA